AUGUGUCAUUCUGAUUCCGAGAUCGAAAACAUUGCGCAAAGCGUUGUCAAUGUUCUACUUCCCGAAAUAUCAAAACAGACGUACAAGCAAAGUUAUGCAAACCUUGAAGAUUGGUGUAAAGGGAAAGGAAUCAAGAAUAGCAGCAAUAAAAAACUUCUUCUGGCAUAUUUCAAAUAUCUUUCAAAACAUAGCAAGGCUUCGUCGCCUUGGGUAUAUUAUUCUAUACUAGGUUCAGUUAUAUCAAUGAAGAAAAAUACGGAUAUUAGUCAAUUUAAUCGCGUUACUAAAAAGAAAAUCGGAAGGAUUUCGAUAACGAAACGAGAUAUCGCCAAGUUCAAUGAACUAGAGGUUUUUUUGAAACGGAAGAGUAAGAGUUAUAAGUCGAAAAAGUCUGCUGUUUUAUCUCCUAAUGAUGUUAUCAGAUUUCUAAAGAACGCUCCUAAUGAAAUUCAUUUAUUGCAUAAGGUUGUUUUGAUUAUGGGUUAUUUUGGAGGAUGCAGAAGUCAGGAACUUUUGAAUAUGAAGAUAUCGGAUAUAGAGGACCGGGAUUCCGUUAUGGUAGUGAACGUACCGGAAAGUAAAACUGGUGUAUCGAAGAAAUUUACAAUUGUGGAUGAAAAAGAGUUCUCUGCUUUGCCUUUAUUAAGACUUUAUAUGUCAUUGCGUCCUAAAGGUAUUGAACGAUUUUUUUUGCGCUUCCGACAAAAUAAAUGUACAUCUCAGCCAAUUGGAAAAAACAUGUUUGGGAAAAUUCCCAGCAAAAUCGCAAUGUAUUUAGGAUUGCCAAACCCAUCUUCCUAUACGGGACAUUGCCUUCGUCGCACUUCUGCUACUGCUCUAGCUAAUGCAGGAGCAACUAUGACUAACUUAAAAAGACACGGAGGUUGGAAAAGUUCCACGGUGGCGGAGGGGUAUCUGGAGGAUAGCAUCGAAUUGAGAAAUAAAACGGCGCGUAUGUUGUCUACUUUGCCAUUAGAAGAGGCAGGUACCUCGACUGUAGUGAACAGAAGCUCCAGCCAUACAAAAGAAGAAAUUGUUUCCAGUGGCGGUAGUAAUUUUCAGGGAACAUUUCAAAAUUGUACAUUUAUUAUUUGUAAUGACGCAAAUAAAUAAAAUAUGGUUCAGUUUUCAUUUCAUAAAUAUAUACACAUAUAUGUAUAUUAGCAUUUUUUAUUUUAUUUUUACUUGUGAAAGGUAGAGGGAAUUAUAGAAUCUAUAAUGUCCCAAGGGAGUU